GAGCAGUGGUAGCAUCAGCAGCUGCUGCGUGUGCCUCCUCCCCUGCCUCGGCUCAGCUCCGCUCUGUACCCUCUCCUCUCUGUUUCUCUCCUUUCUUCCUCUCUCAGGCGCCCUGACUGUCUUGUGCGUGUGCGUGUGUGCGUGUGUAUGUGUGUGUGUGUGUGCUCCGCUUCAGCGUGAGGGGCACCUGCUCGUCUGGGCUGCACAGCAGAGGCUGCCGUGGCUGUGGCUCGCGCGAGCUGCCCCCGCUACUGCUGUUAUUGCUGCUGCCGCCGCCGCCGCUCCCGGGGCUCCCGGCACCAGUCUCCUCGCCGCUGCCGCCGCCGUGCGAGUGAGUUGGGAUCGGUGGGGCUUCCCCCCUUCGCUGCCUUUGCUCCUUCCCCGCCUGCCUGCGAGUCAGCCUGGCUCCGAGUCACGUGUCAGUGCCUGAGGCAGAGACUGAGAGGAAAAAAAAGCGCUUCAUUCCUUCUUCCACCGCCAUACUGUAUUUUAUACUAAAUCUCAUUUUUAUUCCAACAUUUUACUCCCGCUCGUGGAAGGUUUUUCUGGAAAAAAAAAAUGAAGUGCGGUUUGGUUUCCUUGUCAACGGAAGAUGAAGUGAACAACUGAGCAUCUCCCAGUGCAGAUACGGAAAGUAAGAACUGAAGCCAAAAUUAGAACAUUUGUUUCCCAGUCCUCUGCUGAAUCCAUUGAACUGCUCUGCCUCCUAGCAGUAGAAUGCCCACAGGGUUAAAACAACGUGAGACAACCAUGACUGGCAAAACACAGACCAGCAACGUCACUAAUAAGAAUGACCCCAAAUCCAUCAAUUCCCGUGUUUUCAUUGGCAAUCUGAACACAGCCAUCGUCAAAAAAGGUGACAUAGAAGCCAUCUUUGCAAAGUAUGGAAAAAUAGUUGGAUGCUCGGUGCAUAAAGGUUAUGCCUUUGUACAGUAUAUGAGUGAACGACAUGCCAGGGCUGCAGUGGCAGGAGAGAAUGCCAGGAUCAUUGCAGGUCAACCACUUGAUAUCAACAUGGCAGGAGAACCCAAACCCUAUAGACCCAAACCUGGAAACAAGAGGCCCCUUUCAGCUCUUUACAGACUUGAAUCAAAGGAGCCAUUCCUGUCUGUUGGUGGUUAUGUCUUUGAUUAUGAUUACUACAGAGAUGAUUUCUACAAUCGGUUGUUUGAUUACCAUGGCCGUGUCCCCCCACCUCCCCGGGCAGUGAUACCCCUGAAGCGUCCCCGCGUGGCUGUGACAGCGACUCGUCGAGGUAAAGGUGUUUUUUCCAUGAAAGGGGGAUCGAAAUCUACAUCAAGUGGAACUUCGUCUUCAGGAUCCAAAUUGAAAUCAGAUGAGUUACAGACAAUCAAGAAAGAAUUAACCCAAAUCAAAACCAAAAUUGACUCCUUGCUAGGAAGACUGGAGAAGAUUGAAAAGCAGCAGAAGGCUGAGGCAGUUGGAGGGGAAGAAGCCCGUAGGAAACAUGUCCAUUUAGAUCACAUAGCAGACGUAUUAAAGAAGAAGGCCCAGCAUAAAGCUCAGAAGAAGCAAAUGGAAGAUAACAUAGAGUUGAACCAAGAGGAAUGUGUGUCAGAGAAUGCAGACAACUCUACAGAAGAACCUAUUGAAGGAGGACCAGAUGCAGAUGGAGAUGGAGAAGAAAUGACUGAUGGGAUAGAGGAGGAUUUCGAUGAAGAUGGAAGUAAUGAGCUGUUUCUACAGAUAAAGUGAUCUGAAGUCACACGUGAUGCCUGUGUAUGAUGAAAUGAGAAACUGUGACCACCCUCCCCCAGAAAUGUGAACUGCGGUUUCUUACUGGAUAGCAACAUCCUUGGUCAGAUUUGUAUGAAAACUCAAGUAAAUAAAACGGACAGUAUUGUUCUACCUUAGAAACUCCAUUUCUUAUAUGUUCAGAGCUGUACAAUUGUCAGAUUUUUAUGGUUUAGAUUGUAAAAUGUGUUUUUUUCCUGGCAAAUUAUUGGUCUUUUUUUUUCAUUUUGAUGUCUUAAAAGCCAGUGUACUGUAUGAUAAUGUGAAGGACAUAUAUAAAAGGUAAGGGAGACACUGUAUACAAAUGUAUAUUUGUAAAAGCUAUUUUUAUGAUUAGCAUGUUUUACUGUUUAUCAUAUUUGAAGUCAGGUGAUAUCGCAAUUAUCUGUUUAAAGCUUAAUUCUAACAAUAUCAUGUUAUGAUUAGAUAUGUUGUAUGCUAAUUCUCAUUACUUUGGGUUUUUAGACUUUCUAGUUAUAACUUCAGUUCAUAGGCAUAAAAUACCAAUGCAAAGUUAUAUUUCUGCUCUCUAUAUGCACUGUUAGAAAUGCUGAAGAAUGCAAAUUUUCAAACACGAUAUGAAUCAUUCAAAAUCUAUCAUCUUCACCUGAUGUCUUUAAAAUGAGCAUGCUCAGCUCCCCGAGUAGUCAGGGACCAGCCAGUUAUUAACAGUGUUUCUGAGUGAUGCCUCACUCAAUGGUACAGAAUCACCCCGAGAAAUGGCCAUGCCAGUGCAGAAGAUAUCCCUAUUUCCCCUCACGUGAAAGGACGGUUCUUUUCCCCAAAUCCAAAAUUUUCGAUGAGAUUAAACAUAUCAUUUCAUUUUCUGGUCAUAGGAGCUUUCCAUUACUGAGGAUCCCAAGUGUUCUCCAGAAGCUAUAGCUAUUGUCUUGUGCUAUGGACAUGGAAGAGUCCAAGUCCACAGAGACUGUAGGAGAAUUCAACCUAUAAUUUCUUAAUAAAUACUGUUUCUUUUCAAACAAA